GGGGCGGGGGCUGCGCGCGCCCGGGCCUGCGGGGAGUUCGCAGCGCCGCGUUUCCCGGGACGGGCGAGCCCCCUGCCCUUCACCUCCCGACCCGGCGGCUGUCUUGUCACGAUUGCUGUUGGUUUCCCGGUUCAAAGAGCGGCCUGAGGAAGCGGGGCGAGCGGCUGCGAAGCCGACCCGAACGGACGUUGGGUGUUGUUGGUUUGGGUUCUCAACGAAAACUUGACGCGUCGUUUGAAUAAAUACCAUUUCCCGAAGAGCCCGGGUUUGGCGGUGGUGAAUUUUGAAAAACUCCAAAUCUUAUUUGAAUGUGAAAAGUUAGAGCCUUCCUGCAGGAUGCUGUUUUCGCUGCUCCUUUGUGAAUGUCUGUGGCUGAUCGCUGGCUUUGCUCAUGAUGAUGACUGGAUUGACCCCACGGACAUGCUCAACUAUGAUGCUGCGUCCGGAACAAUGAGGAAAUCGCAGGUGAGAAAGGAGGUCAGUGCGGACUCGUCAUACGCUGAUGAAUUGUCGGGAUGUUACAGCAAACUUGAUUCUGUAAUUCAUAAGGUUGAUGAAUGUGAAAAGAAAAAGAGGAAAGACUGUGAAAGUCAAAAUAAUCCUGUUUUUAGGAGAUACUUAAAUAAGAUUUUAAUUGAAGCCAGGAAGCUUGGACUUCCGGAUGAAAACAGAGGUGACAUGCACUACGAUGCUGAGAUUAUCCUUAAAAGACAGACCUUGAUAGAAAUAGAGAAGUUUCUCAAUGGGGAAGACUCGCUGCCAGGCGCCCUGGAUGAUGCACUAAGUGAUAUUUUAAUUAAUUUUAAGUUUCAUGAUUUUGAAAGAUGGAAGUGGCGAUUUGAAGAUUCCUUUGGCGUGGAUCCAUAUGAUGUGUUUAUGGUGCUUCUGUGUCUGCUCUGCAUCGUGAUGCUAGUAGCCACCCAGCUCUGGACGUAUGUUCGUUGGUACACCCAGCUGAGACGUAUUUUACUCAUCAGUUUCCUCAUCAGUUUGGGAUGGAAUUGGAUGUAUUUAUACAAGGUGGCUUUCGCGCAGCAUCAGGCCGAAGUCGCCAAGAUGGAGCCGCGAAGCAACGUGUGUGCUGAGAAGAUGGACUGGUCCGGGAGCCUCUGGGAAUGGUUUAGAAGUUCAUGGACCUAUAAGGAUGACCCCUGCCAAAAGUACUAUGAGCUCUUACUCGUCAAUCCUGUUUUGUUGGUACCACCAACAAAGGCCCUGGCAGUGACGUUCACCAACUUUGUGGUGGAGCCGUUGAAGUACAUCGGAAAGGGAACCGGGGAGUUCAUCAAAGCGCUCAUGAAGGAGAUCCCCGGGCUCCUGCACGUCCCGGUGCUCAUCGUCAUGGCGCUGGCGGUCGUGAGUUUCUGCUAUGGUGCUGGACAGUCGGUCUUUAUGCUGCGACCCUUCGGUCCCGCCAGAGAGCCCCCCCUGGCUCUACAGCCAGGUGACAAGCGCCGGCAGCAGGAAAUUGACUAUAGACCCCGUGGUGGAGCAGGUGAUGCAGACUUUGGUUCUAGGGGCUACCUUGGCCUCGUUGAGCAAGGCCCGUAUGACAGACCGUGUGAGAGUAGAAGAGAUGUUGGGAGAGAGAGAGUUGUUGACGUGAGAUUUCAGACUGGCCACAAGAGCCCCGAAGUGCUCCGGGCGGUUGAUAGACCAGACGCAGAGGCGCGAGAGCAUCCCGCGGCGCCCAGCGCCAGAGAGACUGAUGGAGCCCCGGAAAGAAGCGCACCCCGGGAGGAAGCGCACCCCGGGAGGAAGGCAGAGGGCAGCACCGAGAGCAGCCGGCAUCCUGAGCCCGGCUCUGGCCAGGGGGCGCCAGGGGUGGCAGAAGAUCCUGCAGCGGGAAAGGCCCCACUCAGGAUUCAGGACGAAGGCAGCCCCGAGGAGGGCGGCACACCCCGCCCAGCGAGCACAGCUGUCGCAGAAGCAGGUGGGAGAGACCCGGCCGGUGGCCCAUGAGGCUGGAGGAGCCCUGACUCGCACCACAGCUUGGAGGCCAUCUUUUUGUAAAGAAUCUUGUACACUCUUCACAACUGUUUCCUACAGAUUUCUGACAUUUACUCCAAAAAUGUGCCAACUUAAGCAUUAAUAUUUUUACUGACAAUCAGAAUAACACAUGUAUUUCUGUUCAUUUAA